AUGGGUGCCGCUAAAAAACUCUGUUCCUUCAGCUGCGAAAUCAGAAUCCUACAAGCCAAGAACAUAGAGUUCAUAUCUCCAAAGAAUCUCUUUGUUAGAUAUUAUCUUUCUGCAGGCAACAACAAGAGGAUUCGUCUGAACACGAAGCAAACCUCUUCCAAUUCCGAGUUCAUAUGGAACGAGUCUUUCUGUUUGGAGUGUUUGGGUUCAGAAGACUCCAUCCAGAGCCUCAAACAAGCAACCGUCGUCUUCGAGCUCCGGCGGGCUAAAACCCAACAUGUUUUUGGCAGAGUUUUGGGGUCGUCGUCAUCGUCUCAACUUCUGGGUAGGGCUGAGAUCCCUUGGAAUCAGGUUUUUGAAUCGCCAAACAUGGACAUUGACAGAUGGGUGUCGUUGGUUUCUGCUAAUAAUGGGUCUGUUCGUGAAGGCUUUAAGCAACCGAAAUUGAAAGUGGGGAUGAGAGUGAGAGUUGCAGCAGAAAUGGAGAUGGAGAAAAAGAGGAGAUUGAGGAAGUGGAGCGAUGAGUGUGGAUGUGAAUCCAAAGUGGGGCAUUUUUGUGGGGAUCAUGAGUUCUUCGCCCUUGCUGCUGCCAUGGAAUUCUUGUAG